CGUCCCUUCGACAAUCUGGACUUCCUUUGUCGGCAACAUGGCCAAGUUGAGUGGAAAAGAGAUGCGAGCAGCAGUGAAAGAGAUGCUGAAGGGAGCGGACUUGAGUACUUUGUCUGCGAAAAAGAUUCGACUGAAACUUCAAGAAAAAUACGGAACAGAUUUGUCCGAGAGGAAGAAAGAGAUUGAUACCAUAGUAAUGGAGUUACUUGAUGAUGAAGAGAAAAGCGAGGAAGAUGACAAAAGUAAUGGCAAAGAUAAAAAGGAAGAGGAACAGGAAGAAGAGAGUAAAGGAGGGGAGGAAGAGAAAGAAGAAAGUAAAGGAGUGGAGGAAGAAGAAGAGGAAGAGGAAGAAGAAGAGGAAGAAGAGGUUGAUUUUACUACUUGUGAAGAGGAGCCACCAAAAAAGAGACCAAAAUCUCAAAGACAGAUAGAAAAUGAAAAAUUGGGUGAAGUGACAGAUGGUAUGGAUGAUGAAGAGAUAGCUCGCCAACUACAAGAGGAGGAGAUUGGUCCUCGCCGAAGUAGCCGCACGCCUAAACGACCACCGAAACCAAGCAAAAGAAGCAGAGAACACAAAGGUGAUGGUGAAAGAAAAGGUAAGGGCUAUGGGAAGCCCUGUCUGCUGUCUCCAGCUUUGGCUGACAUUAUGGGCACUGAUCAGAUGCCCAGAUGUGAUGUCGUGAAGAAAGUUUAUGAAAUUGCCAAGGAAAGCAGCCUUCUGGAUCCAAAGAACAAACAGUAUAUGAUCUGUAAUGAUGACUUAUUUCGUGUUUUUGGAAAGAGACGGGUGCGUAUGUUUGGGAUGAUGAAGCACCUCACAGACCAUAUUACAGACCCUCACAAGAUUGACAAGAGCUGAUAAAGCUUCGCCACCGUGUGAUAGAUGAUUGGAAGAAGGUAAAAGCUGUCCAGAAAGGGAAUGAAAGGUGUGGAAACUAGAGGGAUAAGUUCUACACAUGUUUAAACUACGAAGGAAACUGUUACCCAACUCUCACCGAAACCUACCCAUAAAAGCUGCACUCUUAUUUUUAUAGACAAGACGCUUGCUUGUUUUCAUAUCAUAUAUAUAUGUGAUGGUAUGUGUUUGUGGAAUCAAGUUGUUGAUAUAUAAAAAAAGGUUUAUAUACAUCAGAUCACAAUAUUGUAUUCUAGUUCGAAUGUACCUAAAUGUAUAUAUAUAUAUGGCAACCCAUGAUUUCAUUUAUAGAUCAAAGCAUAUUACGAGUUAUACUUCUGAACAAUUUCUCUGUUUGUGUUGGUGUAUCUUAAGGAUUUUAACUUUAGUAGAACAUUGUCAGUUAGCAAUAUAUGCUUCAUUCCUUUUACCACUUUCCACAGAUUAUAUUGUGUAAGGAGCAUUCAUCCUUAACAUUAUUAACAGUCAUGGGUAAAAAUUGAACCUGGAGAGGGUUGACAUACUUUGCUAGUAUGUAAGUAUGUAUAGGCAAUCAAUAACAUUCAUUUUAUUUACCAUAGUGUAUCACACUAAAACGAAAUUCCAUGUUCUGAGGGAUUCUAAAAUGAAAUUUCGAAAGUGUGAUUGUUUUUAAAAAUACCAACGUUGAUAAUUUUUCUUGGUUUUAUCUAAUUAAUUCAUUGCUCCCUCCAUGAAUGCAGUCUAGACUAUAAAUAGAUAACAAAUCUUAGUGACAAAGGUCAAAUUAUAUAGAUCAUCCUCCAUGGCCAGUGAAAGCAUCAAGGAAAUGAUAUCUUUAUGAAACCUCAGACAAAGGAUUUUUUUAUUCUUAAUGCUUAAAAAUACAUGUGUAUAUUUCUAAUUCGCCACAUGUUUUAAUUUGACAAGUUCAAUAAAAAAAAAAAAAAACAGAAAAACAGGCAUUAAUUUUUGUGUGUACCGGGUAUGCACUUUAUUAUUUCAAUGAUACUCUAUGUUUGAACUUUCAAUAUUUAAAUGACCUAUAUGUGGUAUAAGUGAAGACUUGAUUUUUUUUAUUAUCAAUCUUUUUGUAAAAACCAUAUUUGCCGUAUUAAGUACCAUGUUUUCUUGGUUUAAUACUUAAAAACAUUCAGCACAGUGGUAUUCUUGUCCAUCAUAUUGAUUGGAAACUUAAUCAUUUGUUGAAUAAUGUGUUAAGUAUGGUGCUAACAUUGCUUCAUCAGAUUGAAUAGGAUUCCUCUAUGACCUUUGACCCUUAAGGUAUUUUUAUGAUGAAGAAGUAAGGAAAAAUAUAUGGAUGUGUAUAUUACGUAAGAGAAGUACUUAAUAUGACAAAUAUGGUUAUUUUCUUUUGCUGAUUAUCUAUUUUUAGAAUUAAAGAUUGUUCCCAAAGUCCACAAACAUAUACCUCAUUAUAUACAGAGAAUGAAAUAAUUCCACAGAUUGGUAAAAGGACAUUUGUUGACAGAAAGCUAUGGAAACUGUUAAUACUUCCAACAGCAUAACAAUAAGGGAGGUAACUGAUAGUUACAAAUCAUAGUUGCAGUUAUUAAUUUGCCAGACUAAUAUCUUCAUUAGCAUAUCAAAAUUGUAUAUUAUGAGGUAUUAUUUGUGAAGUGUUUGGUUUACCAUCUAUAAUAUUUCCUUUUAAGUACCUAUCAUAACUAUAUCAUAGAAGAUGUUUGAAAUCUCCAUUCAAUUGGUACACAGUCCACAGGUAAGAGACAAUUGCUUGCUGGUUCCACAUCUUAGUCACCUGAUUUUAUAGUUUUAUCAAUUAUGUAUCGCGAGCUUUUCAAACAAAUUGAUACAUAAAUAUUCAUGUUGAACUCAUGUUUACAUGUGCAGUUGGCCGUUGAAAACAUUUACACUUUGAAAAAAAAUGAAAAUACUAAGAGACAAGUGUUGUGUAUUACCAAAUGUACCAUCUCUUGUAUGUGAAUUUUUAUUGUACAAUUUUUGAAAAAAGUGGGAGGUAUAACAAUGUAAUCCUCACAUCUUUAUGUCAAAUAUUGCCUUACAUCAAUACUUCAUGAAUAGAAUAUUGAUUUCAGUCAAACCUGAGAUGUCCUUACAUAAUGGCAAUGCCUAGGCGACAUAAAGAUAAGUGAAAUCUGUAUAUUUAAUUCCGUUAUAGGAAUUUUCAGUUUCAAUAAAGAUUUGUUUACUGUAUGUCUUUUCUGCUUCAGCAUUUUUUUUACAGUAUUUUGGUAUGAUUGCCUUGUGAUUAAAGUCAGGCUAAAUGUGAAGAAGUGUGGAAUCUAUCCCUACUGAAUGAGGGUGCAGAUACUUCCACAAUCCUGAUUAGCUGAUGCUUUCCAGACCAGUAAAUAUUUCUAGAUUUUCAAGGACACUACAGUAUUAAAGAGAAAACAAUCCAGGUUUGAUAUCAUUAAACUUAACUUCACAAUUUAUCAAAAACUUUUCUUAUAUUAUAAUCACAAAGCAGGAUUGUUAUCAUUGAGAUACAGUUAACCAGGAAUAUUCUCCUCUAAUAAUUUCUUUUGAUUUUUCAUUUUUUUUUCAUUCAAUACAUGUUCUGAGUUUAGUAUCUUCUUUGGCAUUAUUUUUCACAAAACGAGGAUGUAAUGAGGACAUAACUUGAAACAGCAGUUGUUUUUUCAUGCUGCUCUUUAUUUUUAUUGUACAUGCUGAAGUUGCUAUUUUCUUAUGUGUAUAAUAAAAGCUACAAGUUUUCACAUCUGUUUAUCACUUAUAACAGUCUUAAAUUUUCAAAAAUUACUGGUAAAGGUAUUUGGAUAAACACGCUAUGUGUACAACAUGUGCAAAAUUGCUUCUGUCAUAACAUUGUAGGUACACUUAAAACGCAAUUUAUAUUUUUUUACUUGAAUUUUAUAGUGUUUAAAAUAUAAUCUUGUUCAUUACAGACCUAAUUUCUGAUAGUAUAUAUAGGUUCUGUCUUUAUUGCUAAAUUGUGAUGCCUUCACAAAAUUGAAGACAUUAAAAGCCUAGUAAAUAAGAGUCGGGUCACCAAGCCUCUCUGAGCUAUAUUUUUCUUUGUGUUUGGUGUGUUUUACAUUUUGUAUUGGUAGAUAUUAUAAACAUUGUGAAUGGUUUAUGUACAGUAACACUAAACACGUUUGCCCUGUGUAUGGAGCAUCACUGUCACCUUGUUUUUCAAUGUUUCUUUUUGAACAACUCAUUUAUGUCUCUUUAAUUGUAUUGCCAAACCUUUUCAAAAUACCGUUUUAUUCUUCUGGACAAUUUUAAUAGUAGUGUUUGAUGUGAUAUUUGAAACUAGUCCAAGGUUGUUGACAGUGUUUGAUUGGCAAGUCAUCAGCAGUUCUUUGAGACAUUGCUUUUUUAUUCAAGCAGAGUGACUAGACAGAAGUAUUUGAAAAGCAUUAAUUUCUUUCAUGUUUUACUGCAUCUCUUCAGUGAAUGCUCUUGAAUUCAUUUUGUCAUUACUUCACACAAAUAUCUAGGCACUGUAAAGAAAUACUUAACAAAUUUCUUUACAUAUAUUAACAAACAGGUUUUGUUUGUUAAUGUGUGCUUGUUUCAAAAUGAUGAUAAUAUACUGUAAGAAAACUUUGACAGAUUUUAUAUUUUAUAUGUUUUCUUGACUUAAAUACACACAAAAAUAACCUUACACUGAAAAUGUAGCACACAAUGUUCAAGUGUUUUACAAUGCAGAAUAUGACCAGAAAACACAUCUUUUUUUGAACCAUUGGAUAUGGUAGUGGUACACGGUACAUCAUAAAUAGUUCUUCGUUACCUGCUGGUUAUUCCGUCUUUGCGUAUUGCAGAGUUAUCUUCUCUUGGGAGCAGGUAUUGAUUGUUACGUCACUUAUUCGUGAGAGUAACGUCAUCAAUUUGUGAGAAAACGACGUAAUUUUCUAACACAGACCAAUGACGUAACAAUCAAUACCUGCUCCCAAGAGAAGAUAACUCUGCAAUACGCAAUGACGGAAUACUAAUACGGUAACAUAAUGAAGACUAUACCUGUGUAUAUGUAACUUGGUUUAUUCUUUUUCAAAACAAGGUAUUGAACAAAGAUUUUGUAAAAUUUGUGUGUGGAUACCAUAAAAAGGAAAUUAGCAAAAACCUGAAAAAAAUCUAGAAAUGCAUGUGAUAUAUAUACAAGGCUCUAUCAAACAUCUAAGUCUGGUGCAAUUUAUGAGACAAGUUGAUCAAAAUAUUUCUAAUAUUAUUAUUUUCUUCAAAUUUUGUACAAUUUUGUGAAUUGUCUUUAUAGGUAGUAUUGUCCGAGAACAAACUAUGUUAAUCUGGAGGUUUGAUUUGUCUUUAUGAAUCAUCCUGACAUUAUAUAUUGGUGUCCAUUAUUCAUCUCGGAUAUUGUGUGGCAUUCUGUAUUGUUGUGUAGUCUGUAUUUUACAUAAAUAGACAUAAACCACUAUUGAGCUAUAGAUAGUUUAUCAGAUUUGAUUUACUACAAAGCUAUAUUAAAAGAACAACCACCCUGUCAAUAUAAAAAUGUUAUCUUUUUCUGCUAAAAGAAGGGAGUAAUAUUUGAAAAUUAGAAAUAGACAUUUUGUCUGAAUUGUUAUGUAAAAAUUGCUGAAAAUUUCAAUUUUCAAUUUCAUUACCAAUGUGUUUUUUUAAAAGUAAAAUCAUACUUGUUAAUUUUAAAUCGGUAUUUUGAUACAAAUAUAUAUGUAAAGAAUGUGUUGUAGAGGGCUGCAUUGUUUGUGGACGUUGUAUUUGUAUUACCGUCAGCCAUAGCAGUUUACCAAUAAACAUGUUCGUUCCUAUA